AUGUCGAUGUACGUCACGGCCCGAGGAGGCACUCCGCUUCCGGCACUGGGCCCGCGUGUGGAUGACGACUUGGGAACACUGUCACCGCUCAGCCGGGUCAGAUCAGUGCCGACAGAAUCCCCAUCUCCACCAGCCGACAGCUCAAUGCGAGCUUCCUACUCCAGGACUGCCAGAAGAGGUUUCGGAGACGCUGCGGGCAGCACUCGAGGCUUCGGCAAUACCCGGACUGGAGCUGCUGAUGGGAGUGAUGGCUACAUGGAGCAGACGGGCGGAUGGUCGGUGAGACACACACAGAGCGGGCUGCAGCGAGGGGGCGAAGGUGCUUCAAUGCGGCGUAGCAGGAGCACCUUCAAUCCCUAUGGCAGCAUGACAGGCACGAGCAGGCACGAGGGCGACUUCUAUCAGGAGAAGAUGGCAAAUCUGCCUUCCGUUGGGACCCAGUCACCCCCACGUCCGAGCACGCGUGAAGCCAUCGCGAGCUUGCGCGCAGAAGGCCUGGAUACGGCUGAGACUCAAGUCCGCAAGCUGGCAAGCCUGCCGAGCGCCAACGAAUCGGUUGAGGAGCUCUACCGAAAGCGCGGGCACGAAGAUGCAGUGCCGCCACUGCAAAGACAGAUUCAUUCGAUGCCCGACCUGCACAGUGACCCUGCCAAGACCGAGGCCUCGCAGCGAUAUAACGAUGACGUUGAUCGGUUGCUACGGCGACUAUUGGUGGAUGUCAACAUCUCGCACAAGUCUUUGCCGUCUUUGCCAGCACAGCGUCAGAUCUGCACCCAUUUGGACAAGGUGCACACUUGGUUCGACCGAAGUCGGAGUGCUGCGAAAGACUUGAUGGAGAGUGGUGGGGCCAAGAAGCCCUCGACAGCAAAGUCGCCGACACAGGCCGGUAUCUACCUGCCAGCUGGCAGCCCGCCUCUGCCUGGAUCAGUGAAGUGGCAACGUCCCGAGCGCAAGAAGAUCGCAAAAGCAGCCAAAGGAGACAGCAAACUGGAGCAUCGGCCGGAGUCUCCCGCAGCUCUCGAUGAUAGCCUGGCAGACUGCGAAACGGGCGAUGAAGGAGAGUUGCUGGAUGCACUGAGCGACUCAUGUAGUGUUGAGUUGCUGGGUCUAGGCGUCACAACCCAGGCUGCUGCUGUGGCCACAGCAGUACCAGCCAUGCAGGAGGACAAGGCCUAUGAGCGUCUCUGUGUGGACUAUCAACACUUGCUGUUUCUUCUGGAGCGUGCGGCCGUGUGCAGCGCAAGCUCGCUUGCGACUUCCACUCCGAACACGGCCGACAAAGGUGCAGCCGCCUUCUUGCGAAGGAUCUCUGGUCUGUCGCUCGCAACAGUUGAGGAGGACGGUCAGGGUGCAGCACCGCAACCGCCACAAGAAGCAGAGACCGGAGGAGAAGGGGCAGCAGACGGUGCAGAUGCAGCUCCAGCUGCUGCUGAAGGUGCUGCAGAGGAGGCACCGCAAGAAGAGGCUGCACCUGCUGCGCCGGCAGCUGGGGAGGGCCCUGGCGAGGCAGCCAUCGACCUCGUGAUUCUACCAGAGGGCUAUGGUCAGACCAAGCAGAUUAAUAUCGACCGCCCCGUGGGAAAGAUCCGUGGUGACUUGGAGGCAGAGUUAAGCAUUCCGGACAAGUCCCUGUAUCUCAUGAAUUUGUCUGGCGCAGUUGAGUUCAAGCAAGUGCUCCCCGAUGACAAAACCCUCCGCGAUCUUGGUCUCAAGCCUGGAGAUCGGGCUGGAAUCGAGCUCCGCAUCAACUACUACCAGGAGCAACCUGCCGAGGAGUACGUGAUGCCGGACAUGCUCGACCUCAAGGUCGUCAACGAACACGGCGAGGAGAGGAUGGUUACAGUUCACGUGCAAAGGCCCGUGAUGGAGAAGCCUUACCUGGGUGGAUUCCGGAACAAAGUGACAGACUCCAUGUACCAUCAUGCAGUCACCCAGACAGCCCCGGUGCAGAAGAAGGAUGUGCACACACUUCGCUUUCAUCGCGAGGCGCAGACCUAUGAGUACCGGACGCGCUCAACGCAGUGCAAGCGGGACAACGGGACGCAGAUGGACAAGGUCGGACUCUAUAUCGAUUGCCGCGGUGACAAGCUGAUGGAGCCCCGAAGACCCUACUUCAGCAGUGCGGACAAGGCAGCUCUCUUGCUAGAGAAGUGCGUGAUGAUCCAGUGCCAUGCCAGAGGCAUGCUGGCUCGGCGGCGCACCCGGCAGCUUCGGCAGAUGCGUCAGGAGCGCCACGAGCUGGCGCGGAAGGAAGCAGAGAGAAGGCAGCUAGAAGCCGACCUGCGGCACAAGAGAGAGGUCGAGCGCCGAAUGCAUCCACGAACCUUCGAGGACUUCAGCGUGCUCUACAAGGAGCUGGAGGCUUGGCGCGUGAACGAAGCCGCGCGAAUCCAGACCUCGGGUUUCGACGAGGCCACUCGUCGAGCUGCACAGCAUGAGCUCCUGCGCAAGGAGACGAAGCUCCUGCAGACAAUUGACAAGCUGAAGAUCCAGGCACACACCUCGAACAGAGAUGCGAAGAUCAAGAGCAAGCUCGAGUCGAUGUCGCAGCCGAAAGUUUGGGCGCAGGGUGAUGGUGAAACCACCACUGUCCACACUCCCUUCACCACAAGAGCUAAGGAGCUCAUGGACCUCUACAGCGGCCUCCGGCUCCCUUUGCUGACGGUCGAUGAGCGCUUGGACGUUCUGCUGCACGUGAAGUGGACGGUCAAGGAGUUCGACUGCAACCUGACGCGUGAGAUGGUCGACUUGAUCGACAGGGAGGCCGACAUGCUGAACAGGGGUCGUCCAGAGAAAUCCUUCGUAGGUCUUCGGAAACGCCUUGCGAAUCUCUUCCUCCAGUUCAUCGAGACGCCGGAGUUUAACCCAGAAGCCAUGAAGUUCCAGAAGGUCUCCCGUGAGUUCUAUGACCAAACUGGCACCCAUCCACUGAGCACCGUCCCGAUAAAGGCUCUAGGCUCCUGCCCUCUCGUCUCACCAGAAGCUAGGCUUGGGGACAUGGCCCUGGCCGAACGCUCGAGCCGCCCCUCGCUGGGGGCACCGACUCCGAAUGGCUCCACUCUCUCCAAGGAUCAUCCGCCCACAACCCCCGACAAGCGCCACAGCUGCCUGGACGACCUCAGUGAUCUGGGAAAUCCCAGCGAGGCUGGAUUUGAGGCUGGCGAUGGGCCGUCUGACAUGGAAACGGAGGGUGGCAAUGCAGCCAAGUGA